AUGGAUCCUUUCGAUCCUUUCCAUAUUGGAAAAAUGUUCUUGAAUUAUAUGAAUGACGGCAUGGAUGGAGAACUUUUGAGACUUCACUGUGAAAGUCAGACACAAGAAGAAUCUGCGAGCUCUAGUAGGCCUAUACGCCAAAGAAGGAAUAUAGAGAGAAAUUGUGAAGAGGGACAUGAGUGGUUAUUCAAUGAUUAUUUUUCAGAAGCUCCGAUGUACACGAAUGAGCAAUUUCGUGGAAGGUACCAAAUGCAUAAACAUGCCUUCCUUCACAUCCUUGAAGCUCUUGUUCAUCAUGAUGGAUAUUUUCAGUUAAAGGUUGAUGCACCUGGUAGGUCAGAUAAUGUGGAUGAUUAUUUGAGGAUUGAUGAAACCACAACACUAAAAUGUGCUGAUAAGUUUACUAAGGGUGUGAUAAAUGUAUUUGGGUCACAGUAUUUGCGAAAAGCCAACCACUAG